UCCAUAAAUGAAUCGGCGAGUCGGUGUGACUGAAGAAUAGAAUAUCAAAUUGUGUGCCGAAUUUGUAGUUUUGGCCUGCAGUAAAUCAAUUAUUUCACGUGGUGUCUUAUCAUACAAUAGAAAAAUCAAAUAUUUAAGAUGUCGGGCGAAGCAGCAGUCCCACCUCCUGUAUUAUGGGCUCAACGUAAAGAAGACAUAUUGCUCACAUUCAGCGUGGAGUCAAAAGAUCCUACUAUUAAAAUAGAAAAGGACUCAGUUUAUUUCAAAGGCGUCAACGUGCCAGACAAUAAAGUGCACGAGGUCACAAUACCGCUAUACGAUGCAGUGGUUCCUGAAAAUAGCGGUUUUGUAAAUAAAGGGAGGUGCAUAGAAAUGGUGCUUCGUAAAGAAAAGAAAGACGCCUCAUAUUGGCCGAACCUUACCAAGGAUAAAAAGAAGCCACAUUACCUGAAAAUAGAUUUCAAUAAAUGGAGAGAUGAGGAUGAUGAUGAAGAAGGCGACACCGGCAACGCUUACGACCUCGAGGAGAUGUUGCGGUCUAUGGGCGGCGGCGGCGCCGGCGGUGAUAAGCCCGACAAGCCUUCCUUUGAUGACUUGGAGAGUGAUUCAGAUGAUGAAAACUUACCAGAUCUUGAAUGAAAUGAAUGUAGUGAUAAUGCUAAUAUUUAACUCUUGACAGUACAUUAUGUAUUAAGGUUUUUACAGUUAUAAUAAAACCAUGAUGAAAAGACA